AUGCACCCUGUCUUCAACAUUCUCUGUCCCCUUCCAUAACACUUCGAAUUCUCACUUCUCCCUAUGGCUGUGCCUUCUGCCGGCGAUAUGCUUCCGGCGAGCCUCUCCGUCGCAAAUCUUCCCAUGGAGAAAGCUCUGGGUUUGAAAGACAAGUUAACACCGAGUCAACUCGGUUUCCCCAGAGAGUUCCCCUUCGAGUUCGACUCACCGACCUUCACCUCCCCCGACGACUCCACUGAGACCGAGGACGACGGCAGCGACGAUGAAGAAGACUUCUUUGCCGGUUUGACUCGCCGACUCGCUCUCUCGACUCAGCGCCAUCCUCCGCCCUUGUUCGCCAAUGACCAAACUGAGGAGAAGCGCCAAAUCGUGUCGACCUCGCCGCAGUCAACACUGAGUGGACUCGGAAGCUGGUCCGCAUCGGGAAGUGGUAGCCCAAAUGGGCCGUCAUCUCAGGUUCCGUCGCCGCCGACGACCCCGUUUCGCAAAGACGACGCUUGGGAUAUAAUUUCUGCGGCGGCAGGGCAAGUGGCUAAGCUGAAAAUGGGCGGAGGUCGCGACGGCGACGGAGAACGGUUGCUCUUCCGCCCAAACCCUAACCCUAGUCCCAAUAUUGGCCAUCAUUCUCCGGCACCAGAACCCAUCCUCCCACAGCAGGGCAAACACCAAAGCGGCGCGUUUUGCUCAGACCCAAGGUUUCAGCAGUUCAACGGUCACUCCAAGCCGCAGUUUUAUGCAGACUGGUUGUUGCCUCCGGAAAGCUCGUACUAUCUGUCUCAGCUGAAAUGCAAGUCACCGGAGAAAAUAAUUCCGGGGAGAGUUUCCGGUAUCAGUGGCUAUGAAAACGGACGUUGCUUUAGAUCUUCCACGUGGUUACGGUCUCAUCCUCCGCCGCCGCCGUCUCAGCAGCAGUCAUCCUCUGCCGUGAGAGGCGUUUUCCCGGUCGGAUCCGCCGCGAAACGUCCUUGUGCGGGGACCGGUGUGUUUCUUCCUCGCAGAUACACAAACCCUUCUGAUUCUCGCAAGAAAACAGGUGGUGGUUCAAGUGUUGUUUUCUCGUCAAAGGGUGUCCAACCGCAGAACCUGAACUUUGACGAAUUCAAUGACCGGACCCAACCCCAUUCAAGACCUUGUCUCUCGUCCGGACACAACCAGUUCGAUUACGAAUCUUUAAUGGCGAGAAGAAGAGAUUUGUUGGCCCGACAACGACAAGGAGGUGGUCUGAGGGCAGUUCCCGGUGGUUGUCUGAACCAAGAAAGACCUCUUCCACAGGAGUGGACGUACUGACGAGCUGUCGAAGUGGUUCUUCUGGAUCUGUUUCAUCGGAUUUGCAAGUUUGAAGCCAGUUUGAUUUAAGAGCGGCGGAGUCACUAGUGUUAGGAAUUAGGAUGAUAUUGAUAUUGUUUACUGCUAAUAACCUCAAUCGUUAUAUUUAAUUAGGUGGUAAUAAUUUGGUUUACAUGUUCUUAUAAUGCUCUAUAUAUAUAUAUAUAGUAAUAAGUAAUAGCGGGCUCUGUGUAAUUCUUUUUUUUGGCUUGUUGAGGGUUUGAUCUGCUCUUCUAGGGUUAGUUUGGGUAUUUCGGAAUUUAAUAUUUUAGUCCAACUAUAUUUUUGUGGUAUUUAUGGGUUUGUAAUAAGAAAAAUAGUUGGGUUUUUGGAGUUUUUCUUGUUCCCCCUCUAGACAUCAAAUCUAAGAAAAACAGUCAAGGAACUGCUUCAUCGGCU